AUGAGCUGGGCCUUGAUGCGGAAUCCGAACGGCUUAGACUGCGAUCUCUUCAUCAGCCAUGCGUGGCAGGAGGGUCUCUUCGAGUUCAUGACAAAGGUUCUUCACUCCUGGCCACCGCUGAUGCACCAUGCUUGGUGCUGCAUGCUGGCGAAUCCCCAGCACCUGGACAUUUCAAGCAUGCUUCAGUCUCCGCUGCACUCGCCGUUUGCGAUUGCACUGGAGGCUUCUUCGAACGUCCUGGUGGUGCCAAACCAUCACCGGUCGAUUUACACUCGGCUUUGGUGUGCAUAUGAGGCUUACCUAGCCCAAGAAGAGGGCAAGACGAUUCUCAUAGCCAGAGCUUCGAACUGGCCAGCAAUUCGCCAGGCUAUGCUGCGCAUGUUCUUGGCAGCCAUCGUUGGAAUGGCUCUUGCAGUGUUGGUGGAUGUACACAACUGGAAUGCGGCACUGAACUUGGCGGCGCUUUGCGUGGCAGCGAUUGCUGCAGCAUGGAGCAUAGGCACGGAAAACCACAAUCGCCAGGUCUUUUUGAAUUUGGUGGGUGAGACCACCGCCUGGUUCCUUGUGUUGAACUGGUGCACCGUGGGCAAAGAAGGCACAGACCAUGGCAUCGGAUAUGCGAUUUAUGCAGGGCUUCAGAGGAUGGAACUGCUGGCCUUUGCUAGUUCGUUUUUGCUGCUCGAGGUUGACCGAGUCAGAGGCGAAGCCGCGAUCUGCGAAGCAACUCAACUCGGACGAGAUUAUUCCGGCUCCAUCGCGAAUGCCUCGUGCUCGCGUAUGGAAGACGAUGAGCACAUUCGGAGGGAGAUUGGUGCCAAGAUCUGUGAUGUUGAUUAUGCCAUCGAGGUACUCAUGGCGGCUGGAAUAUCGACUCCAUCCUUGCGUGAACUCGCGCACCAAGGCGUCGACAUCACGGGAGCAGCCCACUCAGAGGUCACAAUGCCUCUUCUUUUCCUGAUGCCUUUGAACUUUAUCGGCGCAGUGAAGUUCUUCUUUAAUGUCUGCUACCUCAACAAAUCGUGGGUCCUCAUACCUUGCAUGGAAGGGCUGACUGUCCUGCUGCGGAUACACCUCCUCUUCAUGCUAAGCUGGAGUCCUCCAGACGAGAAAUGCUUUAUCCUUCUGGUCGUGACCAAGCUGGCGGUUCUUUAUCUCGUAUUUAUGCUGCCGGAGAUCAUCAUCUGGGAGAGUUCUGCGGUCGCGCACCUUCCUGUCAACGCCUGGUUUGCCGCCUCCUGUCGACUCUUCUGCUGCCUAUCGGCACAAGUAUUCGCGCUGCUGGGAAUCCGCGGUACGGCCAAGCUCCCCUGUGGCCACCGCAUCCUUCGGCUCUUCCUUGCACGAAGCUUCCGUGGCUACGUUUCAGCAUGCGCUCGAAACG